UCCUACCACUCCACCACCCGUGACUACUACCCCGCAACUUCCCGACCGCUGCUACCGCACAUCUCACUUCCUACCAACGCGGCAGGCUAUCACUCCCACCGAGUCAACAUGAACACCGUGAUCAGCGCCCUCGCCCUGCUCGUCGCCGCGUGCACGUCCGUGCACGCCGGCGUUGUAGCCGCGCCCGCGGUGGCGUACGCGGCGCCCGUGGUGCACGGCUAUGCCGUGGCUGCCCCCGUGGCCACGUCGUACGCGACGAAGACGGUGCACUCGGUGGCCCCUGUGCUGGCUGCUGCGCCUCUGAAGGUGGCCGCGCCCUACGCGUACGCCGCCCCAGUGGUGAAGGCUGUUGCCCCAGCUUACCCUGCUCUCGCCCUCGGCUACGGCCAUGGCUACGGCCACGGCUAUGGUCACUACGGCUACGGUUUGGCCCCGGCCUACGGAGCCGUCGCCUACGCAGCGCCGGCCGCUAAGCUCGUCGGACCGGCCUACGCAGCGGCUCCGUUCUACGCCGGCUACAAGCACUACUAAAUCACCGCCGAAGAGCAGUGAGCAGUGGCUGAACUUGCCUCGAGGAGUGGAUCGAAGAGUGAUAAGAUCGCUUCUACUGUUGGCAGAAGAAAAAAAAAGAAAAGAAAAGAAAAACAAAAUACUCACUUGGAAUUGUGUGAGGUGUGUAAAUGUUGUAUAGAAAAAAAAGUGUUGCGUGAGAAUAAAACGUGCUCUGUGUGUGCA